CGCCAUGUAUGGCUUCAUAUCUCUCGUGAAGGUAGUAUUGCCUCCUCGUUCAUUCUCUCACUAACUUUACUAAACCCAAAGAAUUGGGCCAUUCUUCCUGAGCGGAGGGGGAGGAGGAGGAUUGGGUAUAAAUAUAGUGGUUUGGAUAUAUAGGAGGAUAUAUAUAGAUCGAUAGCUAUAGGACUAGAAAUGGGGCUGAGGGAGAUGGACUCGGCGCUACCGCCGGGUUUCCGCUUCUACCCGAGCGACGAGGAGCUGGUGUGCUUCUACCUGCGCAACAAGGUCGCCAACCAGAGGGUCGCCUCGGGGACCUUGGUCGAGGUCGACCUCCAUGCCCGCGAGCCAUGGGAGCUUCCCGAUGUCGCUAAGCUUACCGCAGAGGAGUGGUACUUCUUCAGCUUCCGGGACAGGAAGUACGCCACAGGCUUGCGAACAAACCGAGCAACAAAGACGGGUUAUUGGAAGGCGACUGGGAAGGAUCGGUCUGUCCACGAGCAGGGCACACGUGCAUUGGUUGGCAUGAGGAAAACCCUGGUGUUCUACCGUGGUCGUGCUCCCAAUGGGCAGAAGACCAGUUGGGUCAUGCAUGAGUUUCGCCUCGAAACACCUAACUCGACACCGAAGGAGGACUGGGUGCUUUGUAGGGUGUUCAACAAGAUGAAACCCUCGUCAGAAGGCGAAGAAGCAGGCCGAAUCCACCGCGGCCAUCCGGCCACCGGCACCGACACCGGCACCGGCGCUGAGCCCUCCUCGCCGCCGGUCUUCCUCGGCUCGCUGCCCGACCCGACGGCGACUCCGGCGGACGAAUUCUACCAGCAGCACCAAACAAUAACCACGGGCAGCCAAUGCGGCAGCGGCGUCAGCUCCUCUGCUGGCGCCCUGCUGAUGAACCUGGCGAUGCUCCAGCAAGGCAGCUUCUUGGAUUACUGCAGCCCAGUGGUGCACCAUGGCGUGGCGGUAGGGGCGCUCCACAACGCCGGCUGCAACGGCGACGAUGCCAACAUGGCCAUGGCGCUGGGGCACGUGGGGUUCGAGGAGCACGGCAUGGGGGAGGUUGUGGAGAUGGAGUACGCGCAGGAGCAGGGUGGCUGCGGCGGCGGGCUCUACUUCUAGCAGGCACAGGAAGUGGUAGUGCUCUGAAAUUAUUGUGUGUGUAUGUAUAGUUUGGCAGUUACAUGCAGUGCAAAAGUUGCAGUAGAGUUCAGAAGAUCGCUAGCUAAAUUGGGUUAGAGCGAGAAGGGAGUGUGAAAUUGUGAUUGUGAUUUUAUGUGUCAAUGAUCAGUAAUAGUUUACACUAUCUUUAUAUAGUUUUCAAAA